AUGAACUCUGAAUUCAAUGGAGCCACAGAAGCCCCAUGGCUCGUGAACAUCUAUGGAAAUGGCCAGAGAUGCCAAGGAGUUAUCCUGAGCAGCUUGUGGGUCCUGACAGCAGCCAACUGCUUCUUGUUGAUGAAUCCGAGCCAAGUAGAGUUGAUCGGGUCUCCUGGGCAUGUCUCCACCAAGGCAGUGAGUCGGUUUCUGCUCCAUCGGGGAUUCAGUUCCUGGAAUACAGCACCCAAUAAUGACCUGGGUCUCAUCUUGCUUGCCCAGCCGGUUGAUUUAACAGCAAAAGACAUGUGGCCAGCUUGUAUUCCUCAGGAAGAAAAACCAUAUAACACCCAGGAGGAAUGUAGGAUUUUCGAACGAGGCCAAGACGGUGAAUGGUUCCUAAAGGAGACAAUGGUGGAGGCCUUGAGCAUAGCUGACUGUUCCAAGCAUUGGCCGAACACUACAGAAGGCAGGAACUUAUGCGUGGUAAAAAAAGAUUCUCCCAAACUCACAACUUGCAAGGUGCCAGUGGGCAGUCCUGUGAUCUGUCAUGAUCCAUUUACUUGGGAAUGGGAGGUGACGGGCCUCGUAAGCCAGAGCUUGCACAACUGCACCAUCCCUAUCCUGGCUUCUCAGCUUUUACCCCAUAUACAGUGGCUGAAGCAAGUGGGAGCCUUAGAGAAUUCUCUCCAGCCAGAAGAUAAAUUACCUUCAGCAGCUGGACAGCAGCAACCGCAUGUUGCUAAGCACUCGGAUCCCCAAGGAAUGCUUUCCACGGGCACCUGCUGGCAGUGGGGAUAA